AAGAGGCAUAUAGGGGGAUUUGAACCUGUUGAUCUGUAAUCAGAUGUUCUCCCACUGAGCUAUGCCUAUCCCCCUGCUAGUAAAAUGUAUUGUUUUAUAUGUUGUCUCUACUGUACGAUUAUUCCACUGCCCCUUUGUAAGCUCUGAAGGGUGAGUAAGAUGUGAAACUGCCAGUCCCAAUGUUGACAUAGGCACAGUCAUUGAAUUGUGUUGGUCAAAUCAGGGAAUAACAGCUCCACAGAAACAUAUUAUCAGUGAACACUCCCCUGGCCUACUCCCAUAGAUUAGACAACCACUUCCUCUAGGCAGUUUGUCUGAAAUUGAUAGGGCACUAUAUGAAGACCACAACAUUAGUGUCUGUUGUGAGAUAAUCCUAAGAACUAGGAUCUACCACAAGAUGGCUGUGUCCUUUAAAUCAGUGUAAGAUGCUUUACAAUGUGACCAUUGUUGUUGAUGUCAAGAGAUUGAGGAAGUUCCCUGGUGUGAAACUCUUCUUCGGACAUGAAAUCCUAAAUGUGGAAUUUCCCCAUGCUGCAAAGAGUGACAAGGGGGAAGCCAGUGAACACAGAGCGGAGGGUCACCUGACCGUGGCGGAGUUUCAGCCGUAUAGGAAGAACUUCAGACUGGAUGAUGAAGAUAAUGAGGAGAAUUAUGUAGACUUUGUGGUCAUUGAAGAAUUUCAUGAGAAGUUUGGGCCUGCAGUGAUGCACAUCCGGAAACAACAGGUGAUUGGCUUAGGAGCUGAUGGAGUUGGGGCUUUCCAGCAUGAGAGACUCUGUUGGUUACAGAUAGCCACCAAGAACAAGGUGUACCUGUUCGACAUCCUGUUGCUUGGAGUUAGAGCUUUCAAGAAUGGCCUUUCUAUGAUCCUGGAGAAUAAGCACAUCCUAAAGGUCACCCAUGACUGCAGGAGCAUCACUGCAUGUUUAUUGGCUCAGUUUGGAGUCAAUCUCACAAACGUGUUUGACACACAGGUGGCGGAUGUGAUGUGCUUCCACGCGGAGAGCGGAGGCUUUCUCCCGGACAGGGUGAGCACCCUGCAGGACGUGGUGAGCCUCUACCUCCAGAUGCCUCCCUCCCGCCUGGACUCCCUCAGGAUCAGGGCCCAGAUCACCCAGGAGGACUCGGAGGUGUGGUACGUGCGGCCCUGCCCCGUGUCCCUGCUGAAGGUCAUGGCUCUGGGGGUGGUGCACCUGCUGCCCCUCAGGCUGGUGCUGCUGGACGCGCUCAUGGCAGACUACACAGGCCUGGUGGACUCCUACCUGAGAGCCAGCCGCCAGGAGCCUGUCCACACGCAGCACAUCGGCACUAGCUGUGUGCUGGAGCUUCCUGGGGAGCUGAGGGAGCUGGAGUGGAGCUGUCAGCAGCGGCAGGAGAGAGCCCUGGAGCUGUACCCCGUCACUGAGCAGGGCCUGCUGCAGCGCUCCAACCCCCGGGCCCACCCCCCUCCCCCAGCCCACCCCCCUCCCCCAGCCCAGAGCCCACCACACACCCCUGCCCCUCCGACCCCACCACACCCCCCUGCUACCCCGGCCCUGGAGCCCCAGCCCACAGCAUCAGGGCCCCAGGCCCCAGUAAAUUGUCUCCAGCCCAGAGACAUCCGGACGGCCCCUGGCCUGCCCCCUGGCCUGCCCCCUGUCCUGAACCCAGCGACCCCAGCCCUGGAGGCCAGGCAGAUCCUCAGGAAACAGCUGUCCACGGCCAGCCCUGCCGCUCCAGCUGGAGGCAUGGGCCUCAUGGAGAUAGUCCUGGACACAAUGGGCAGAGGGAGGCCCCUGCAGAGUGUAGCGUCACCCUCCCUGCCAGCCUUCCCUGCCCUUGGACGAGGCCUCUCUCUCCAGGCACAGGCCCCCACAGAGGGCCCUGGAGGUGCCCAGAAAGCCCCUGUCUCUCCAGGGAAGAUGGCGGGGGCCUCUCCUGGCUCAAGCCCCAGCCUGGUCCCCUGCCCUCCCCAGGGAAGGCUGGUCCUGCCCCUGGUCUCCAGCACCCUGCCUGGGGAUGUCCCUGGCUUGGGGAGGGGCUCCUUCGUCCACAGGCCCCAGGCUCUCUCCUCAUCUCUCAGCCUGUCCUUCAGCUCCUUCAGAAACACUUAA